GACCGGGAAAGAGAUGAGGAGUUGUAUACGUAUCGAUUCGGUUAUUUGAAGCUUGCACCAAUUCCAUCGUCAGACACUGGCGGACGUGGGGAGGAUAAACGUUUUGUUGGGGAACUACCAACCGGUUUGAUAAGUGCACCAAUUUCAUUACAUUGGUUAUGGACUGCAACACACACGUCAUACUCAGCAGUGCCUGCGGAUGCGAGCCGAGAACAACGCAAAAUGUUUGUCAAGAAAAAGGCCACUGAAAUGUGUCAGUCGUGGUGA